GAACUGCUUAUCUGGGACUGUGGCAUGUUUGUGCUGUGUUGCUGUGGGGUGGGGGAAGUGUUCCCUGGACCCUGUUGUGUCACGUUAGCCCGCCCGCUGCAUUUUACUUGGACAGCCCUUUAAGCUGAUGGCUCCAUUGCGUAAAUUCUGUAAUGACAAACACAUUGGCGCUCACUGUGGAAGCCAUCGGGUGCCUGCGUCAGGGAUUUAAGGUAUUUCGAACGAAAUAGAGGCUUUUUUGGGGGAAUACUCCGCUGUCCUAGGAUCGAGGGUGGCGGAGGGAGAGAUUUUGGGAUUGUUCAGGAGCCCCUGCCAUGCGGAUGAAUCACGUAAACAGGAAGGAAAGAAGAAGUGUGCCAGCAAAGUUAGACAGUCUGUGAAGCGAGGCGAUACCGGGAGGUUUGUGUGAAACUAUCGCUGGGGCGAGAAGGGAAAGUGGCAUUGGGGCAAUCGAGUAAUUUUCCACAAAGAUGGGCAUAUUCUGGAAGAUAUUCCUGAUAGUGGACUGUCUCUUCUUGGAAGUCUUCAAAGGGCCCCAACUGGCCAAGUGCCAAACCUUACCAGAUGUUUACCCCAACAAAGCUGAAAUAAGAGUUGCUCUCCAUACAUCGUUCAGCCUGAAGUGCUCUGGGGAGAAUGAAGUGGGUUGGGAGUUGCCAUUUUAUGAACCUCAUGAGGAGAAUAUCAGUAGCAAAGAUGAAAACAACAACAGUGGAAACUUUGUGAAAACGCUUGAGAUCCUUAAUGCGACAGGAAUCUAUACUGGCAUAUAUACCUGCUAUUACCCUGCGCUCCAGCAGGAUGAUGAGAUCGAGGGACGAGAUAUCUAUGUUUUUGUUCCAGAUCCCGACUAUCCUUUCAUCCCGCCAGCGAAUUUUGAAAAUAUAGUCAUGGCGGCAGAAGGUGAGGUUGCAGAAAUCCCAUGUCGUGUGUCUGAUCCAGAUGUCCAUGUCACCCUGAGGAACAUUGAUACUAAGAGCAUGAUUUCUGCCACCUAUAAUAAUAAAGAAGGAUUCAGUGGCCUCUUCAAAGAGGGGACGUACACCUGUAUUGCAACAAUCAAUGGUGUGAAGCACAGUUCAGUCCAAUACAUUGUUAAUAGAUUUAAAGUGGCAAAGGACCUUAAAGUUGAAAUUGAAGCUAAUAAAACAGUAGUGAAAGUGGGCGAACCCAUCUUUGUGACAUGUCUAGUAAUGGAUAAUGAAGUGGUGAAUAUAGACUGGAAUUAUCCAAGAAAAAGUAAGGGAAUUGUGGCACACCAAAUUCUUAAGGAACUAAGACAGCCAAGUUUCAAGAUAAUGAAAACUCUGCAAAUUGAGAAAGCCACAUUGGAAGAUGCUGGAGUCUAUGAAUGUUCCGUGUUCCAUGCAACACAAGAUACCAAGAAAUUAAAGCAGAUUCACAUCCAUGUUAGUGAAAAAGGAUUUAUCCAUUUGGAUCCCAACUAUGGAACAAAAGAGUUUGCAGAUCUACACGAAGUCAAGCAGUUUGUGGUCAACAUUGAGGCUUACCCAAAACCCACUGUAUUGUGGCUGAAAAAUAACAUCACCCUGCUUGAGGAUAACAACGAAGUGAUGAUCAACACAAUAAAAACCCAGGAAAUUAGGUAUCAAAGUAAUCUGACCCUGAUUCGUGCAAAGAAACAAGACAGUGGGGCUUACACCAUUGUUGUUGAAAAUGAAGAUAAUAGCACCACUUAUACAUUCAACUUACAGGUUAAAGUGCCAGCCAAGAUCAUCAAUCUUGUUGACGUCCAUCAUGGUUCCGCGAGUGGCCAGAUAGUUUCAUGUUUGGCAGAUGGAACACCCAGCCCAGAGGUCGAAUGGCUCAUUUGUACGGACCUAAAAAAGUGUGCAAAUGACUCAUUGCUCUGGAAUGUUCUCCACAGCAAUUCGAGUGACAUCAGUAUUGAGACCCAUCAGACAAAGAUAAAUACUGUGGAAAGCAAACUGACCUUUCAGAAAGUUGAUAACACAGUGGCAGUGAGAUGCAUUGCAAAGAAUGAGCUAGCAGCCGUUGCACGUGAAGUCAAACUGGUGGCUCACAAUCUCCAUUCUGAAUUGACGGUGGCUGCAGCAGUCUUGGUGUUGUUAGUUAUUGUGAUAAUUUCUCUGAUAGUGCUCGUCGUAGUUUGGAAACAGAAACCAAGAUAUGAGAUAAGAUGGAGAGUCAUUGAAUCAAUAAGUCCAGAUGGACAUGAAUAUAUUUAUGUUGACCCAAUGCAACUUCCCUAUGAUACACGAUGGGAAUUUCCUAGGGAUGGGCUUGUCCUUGGACGAAUUCUUGGGUCUGGAGCCUUUGGAAAGGUAGUAGAAGGAACUGCGUACGGCUUAAGUCGCUCACAGCCUGUUAUGAAAGUCGCCGUAAAAAUGUUGAAGCCUACAGCUCGAUCUAGUGAGAAGCAGGCCUUGAUGUCAGAACUGAAGAUAAUGACUCAUCUGGGCCCACAUUUAAACAUUGUCAACCUGCUAGGAGCUUGUACCAAAACAGGUCCUAUCUACAUUAUCACUGAAUACUGUUUCUAUGGUGAUCUGGUAAACUACCUGCAUAAGAACAGGGACAGCUUUAUAAAUCGAUACUCUGAAAAAGGAAAAAAGGAAGUGGAUAUUUUUGGCAUAAACCCUGCUGAUGAAAGCACAAGAAGUUAUGUGAUCUUGUCCUUUGAGAACAAUGGGGACUACAUGGACAUGAAACAGGCUGAAAGCACCCAGUAUGUGCCAAUGUUGGAAAGGAAAGGCAGUUCCAAAUAUACCGACAUACAGCAGUAUAUGUAUGACCACCCACCAUCACAGAAAAAUAAGUCCUUGACAGAGACUACUGAAACUUGGAACCCUCUCUUAGAUGACAACUCAGACGGCCUCUCUUUCAUGGAUCUAAUCAGCUUCACCUUCCAAGUUGCACAAGGAAUGGAGUUUCUGGCCUCUAAAAAUUGUGUACAUCGUGAUCUGGCAGCUCGUAAUGUUCUCCUAGCACAAGGAAAGAUUGUCAAGAUCUGUGACUUUGGUCUGGCACGUGACAUCAUGCAUGACUCUAACUAUGUUUCUAAAGGCAGUACUUUCCUACCAGUUAAAUGGAUGGCUCCCGAAAGCAUAUUUGACAAUCUGUACACUUCAUUAAGUGAUGUCUGGUCUUAUGGCAUUCUUCUGUGGGAAAUAUUCUCCUUGGGUGGCACACCAUAUCCAGGAAUGAUGGUGGAUUCCAACUUUUACAACAAGAUAAAGAGUGGAUACAGGAUGACUAAACCAGAACAUGCUUCUUCAGAUGUCUAUGACCUGAUGGUGAAGUGUUGGAAUAGUGAGCCUGAGAAGAGGCCUUCCUUUACACGUCUGGCUGAAAUUGUUGGCAGCUUGUUGCCAGAGAACUACAAGAAGAGCUACAAACAAAUGAAUGAUGACUUUCUGAAGAGUGACCAUCCUGCUGUUGCUCGCAUGCGUGCAGAAUCCAGUGAGUCUUACAUUGGAGUUACCUACACCAAUGAAGAUAAAAAGAAAGAUCGGGAAAGUGGAUUUGAUGAGCAAAGGCUAAGUGCUGACAGUGGAUAUAUCAUCCCACUGCCUGACAUUGACCCAAUCACAGACAGCGAACCUGGUUCUGCAAGAAACAGGCACAGUUCCCAGACGUCUGAAGAAAGUGCGAUAGAGACAGGUUCCAGCAGCUCAACUUUUAUAAAGCGUGAAGAUGAAACCAUAGAGGACAUGGAAAUGAUGGAUGACGUAGCAAUCGAUCCCUCAGACCUGGUGGAAGACAGCUUCCUGUAACCAGUUACGCUUAUCGUGGGAAAAUAAACUGCAUCUUAUAACAGACAUGAUUUUCUUUAUAACCACUUUUUGAGGAGAGAACUUCGAGGUGGGAACUUGAUGGCAUAUCUCAUAACAGGGCCCAACUUGGCAAGCAAUCCUGAAAAAACAAUAUGAUUUCUAUUGCAGUACAUAUCAUGUGCAUAUUUCAGUGCAUUAUUUUUCUAUUAUGGUACUCACUAUAAUGUUUUUUAGUGUGUUGCACACUGCCAUUCUCAUGAACUAAACAUAAGGCUAUACAAAGUUAGUUGUCUGUUUCAAAGGCCCUUUGCUACAUGGAAGAUGGCUCCUUUAUUCAGAUAAUUGACUACAUUUUAUUAUUUUAGCGGACUGCUUUGUACAUACACAAUGAUAACCAUUACUAAGAAUGUAUGCUGAUGUUGCAACAUACCGUUAUCCCUGUAGCAGUAGAUAGACAAUGGCUAUAUUGCUCCCCAGGUGGGUUACAAUAAGUUGUUUAUCAUUGUGUUCAAAUUCCAGCGCACAUCAUCACCGAACAUGUGUUCUCUUCAGUGCUCACUUCCUACUCAUUAUGAAUUAUGAUGUUUCUUUUGCAAAGCACAAUUUUUUGGAAGUUAUUACAUGUAAAGAACACAUUGCAACAUUGCAAGAUUCUACACUUGACUGUACAAAUUCAGGAAAUCCAUAAAAGACUACGAAGAUGGAGCAGCCCUAUUGCACCAUACAUUUUAAAGCUACGACUUUGGAACCCACUGGUAUCACUGGGUUGAGCCUAAGUCAUAAUGGACCUGUUUGUUAAUGCAACUGCCAUAAGAUUGAAAGAUUUACCAAGCUUGGAAAACUGACGUAGUUGACCAGCUGUACGAAUGCAUUUGAGGAAUAAUGAAGAAGAUUGUUGCCGAACAAGAUUCUCUUUCAAGUAAGCUGAAAGGAAAAGCAAAGUGCCUCUUCUUUGAGUCAGGAGCUAAUGGACAAAACUGGCACCAGAAGAAUUAUUUUCUUUAAAUGUAAACAAAUUGUACCAACACCGUAAGGGUCAAAAAUCUUAGAGAUUCCUUGCCCGCAACCAUUCCAACCAAGAGGGUGCCACAAAGCACAGAAUUCCACAUGUAAAUAUUGUAAAUGCUGUCAUAUUGACUGAUAUACUGGAAGUCAAUUGGUUUCCAGGCACCAUAAGAUGUUGAUUGAAUGGCUGAUGUGAUAUCACACUGGUGUAGGAGAGGAGCUCAAUAAGAUAAUCCAGAGUCUGAAGCUGGAAAAAUGAAAUAUAUUGCAUAACACUGUACGGAACUGACAUCUUUACAAUGUAUUUUUGGUGGAUGGACUGAUCAAAUAUGAAAUCAUCAUGUAGUGGCAGGUGUAUUAUUGAAUGGUUUUCUUGUAAUGGCUCAUGCAUUGAAUUUGAUGGUAAUAGUUCUUUUAAGAACAGUAUGAGUUCAUACAAAUUCCUGACAUUUACAAACAGCAGGUUCCAGGUAUGACAAGAAUGAUUGAGUUUUGUUUGUGGACUGCAAGGGAAGGACUUUAUAAUCCAUCCAGGACCUGGAUUAAGUUUUCUGAUUUUCUGUGAACACCAUAUUUAUGUAUGUAGAUACCCUGGAAACUUCCAGAGUUGGUCAUUAGUUUGAAACCCUCUGAGAAAGUAUUUGUCAACUCAACUCAAUUAACAGCCAUUAUCUACAUUUAUAUAAUCACUUCCUAAUCUGUUAAGUUAAAUUCAAAUUGCUCAUCAAGUUUUCCCACAUGAAUUGCUUCAUAUAAACAUUGUCAUUGAGAUAAGAUAGAAGAUUAGCAAACUCUACUGUGAGCCCCCCUCAUUACUCAUUUGGCUCCUAAUUCAGUGAGACGCUACACAUGCACAUCUAUCUUUGAUUGAACCAAGUGCAUAAUGACCCUUUCCAGCUCUAAGGUGUAUUGACUUUCAAUAAGACAUCAUUGUUACUGAGCUUUUUAUUUUUAUAUUUUCUUGCCUUCUAGCAUCCUUGUUAUUGCAAUACACAGCAGAUCCACUGGGCAUGACUGACAUACUCUAACUUCUGAGGUACUGCAAUAUAAUAUACAUUCCAUAGCACAUUAUACUUUAUGUAUUAAUCGUGGCAUUAUAGAAUAAUCACAGAGUGAAACUGACAACAAACUACUUUUCCAACUGCAUCCAGUUGUCUAGGCACAUAUUCUGACAUUAGUGAUGCUACACAUCUCUUAAUGCUCAGGCCAAUGUUGGAAAUCAUAAAACACUUUCCUCCAUAUCCAGUAUUAAAAAAACAAAUCACAUGUGUCAAGUGACAAUUGGAACACAGAAAUAUUAUAAAAUGUAAAGAAAAUAAUACGUAAUUUUACAGGCUUAAUUGUUCAAUGUUUCCAUUUAAAGAAGGAUUUCAGACAAUAUCUUAAAUCAGCAAGUUAAUGCAGCAGAAGAAAUUGACGUAGCAUCUCCCAGGAAACAUGACUUUAGCUUUGAAUGGCUUGAAUGUUAAAAUGUGGUUAAAUUUUAUCCAAUGGUCUUACUAAGUGACAAGGGUCAUUGGAUAUAUAUAAUGAUGUUAUACAUCAUUUCUGUGUGUGUGUAUAUAUAUAUAUAUGUAUUUCAGUGUAGUCAUCUGAGUUACUGCCGUACAUUUAUGUCUAGCUGUAUCACUGCCUAUGUUUAUAUUUUUGACUGUGAUGUACUCCACAGGCACGUUACAUGUUGCACUUUUGAAUGUCUAAAGAAAAAUUAUAUUUUAAAAUUUACAAAAAAAAGUAAAAUGAUUUCAAAGGGAUCGAAUUGUGAAUGCGUGGCUGGACUGUAUGUAGGUUAAAGUCUCAAACAUUUUAUUAUGAUGAAAUUACACAAAGUUUUAAAGACCUUUUUUUAAAAAAAAAAUCUUUAUGUUACAUCAAAUACACAUUGUCUAAACUGAGAAUCUCUAUUUCAAUAAAUUCAGAUGAAUUUA